CUCCUUCGCCAAGACCUCCGUGCCAGGCAGGAGCAGUGGGCCUCUUUCUGCUCAGCGCUGAUGGCAGCUCGGCGGCUGCUGAAGGCACAGACAAGCUCCAGGCCCGAGAAGUCCUCCCAGGCUGCGCAGAGCCCCGAAGGGGAAGUCCCGCAGCUGGAUGCUGUGCUGGGCCACCUGUCCUGGGUCCUGCUGCAGGAGGGCCACCGCCUGAAGGCCUGGGGCAUCCUGGGCACAGGCACGGGGGCAGAGCUGCUGCGGCCAGCCUCAACAGGCCCUGAAAGGGACACUGAUGACAUCAGUGUGAAUCCCAUCACCAAGUUAAUGGUCCCUGGCCCCAACUGUGCGAUGCUUCCAGCCAGUGGCCACGCAGGGUCCAUACCCCAUGGCUACUUCAUCCACCCUGACACUGGACGGGUGCUGCCUGAGGCUGGAAAUCUGGGAUAUGAUCUGCAGGGAGCCACCCUGGUGCCUACCACUGACUUCAGUUCCGGUGGCAUCCGAACAUCAGAAGCUGCCAUCCUCCCCUAUGUGCCCUUUCCAACCUGUCCUGCCACAGGGUCCCCUCCAGCCACCCGCCUGCCCAUCCUGCAGCCAAGAAGGACAUCACAGCUGGGGGCUCUCAUGACGGACCCCAUUACUGGCAUCGAGGUGCCUGUGCUCGCUGUGACUCUACACCCCCAAACAAGGCAGUGGCUCACUCUUGGGGGCACAUAUUGCAAUCCCCUCACCAAGACCUUGGCCCCUAUAGAGUUGGGGAGCCCCAUGGAGGAUCCAGUCACAGGAGGCAUCUCACCAAUUCUGGGAGUCGGGUUGGACGAAAACACAGGUCAGGUGCUGGCACUGGGAGGGCUGCGAGAUGCCUCAGGGAACCUCAUGCUGCCUGGUGACAGCUUUGUGGAGCCACUGAGCAGAAAGACAGUCCGGCUCCAGGGUGCUUCCCGACAGGAGGGCCGGACAGUGCCCCACAUGGGAGGGUCACAGGCCCUGCUGGACGCCAAUGUGCUGGUGGCCCAGAGGCGAGUGAUUGCAGUGCUCCGGCAGUGCCAGCAGAGGCCAGCAUCAAGGGUACAGAAGCUUCUGGAGGCUGCCAUCAAGGACAUGAGACACACACUGGCCUUGAGUCUAUACCAUGGCCUGCAGCAGGCUCGGAGACUGGAGCGACAGCUAGAGGCAGCACAUGGCAUCGAGGCCAGUGGUGGCAGGAUAGGAAUGAUGUGCUAUCCUGGGACAGAACUGUGGGUCCCUGUCCUCUAUGGGAUGGAGAUCCCAGACCCUGAGGGCUCAGGCCUCACGGUGCCCAUCCUGGGCAUGGAGAGUGAUGGGAAGGCUGCUGAUGCCAUACCCCUGGCAGGUUCGAUGGAAGAUGCCAACGGCAAAGGUCUUGUCCCAAUCUCGAUUGGGGCUCAAGCCAUAGACCCCUUGACUGGGAAGCCUGGUCCUGUCAUUGGUGCUGAAACGGACCCCUCUAGCAGAGUGGUGGUGCCCAUUGUCCAGGCGCUGGAGGCCCUGCCUCGGGGAGUGAGAGACCACGGGCUGCUGGAUGCCCUGGAGAGCGAGCUAAGAGCCCGGGAGUGGUACUGGCAUCACCAGGAGCAGGAAGAGGUGCGGCUGGCAGAACACCUGGGAGACCUGAACCAGGAGCUCCUCUCCACUCUGGGCAAAGACGCCAGGCAGCAGUUGAGGGCUGCUGAGGAGGCCUGUGCAGCCCUGGAGUCCCGCUGCCUGCAGGAGACUGAGAGGAGAGCCAGAGCCCUGAGUGCGCAGAAUGGCCCAGAAAGGGUCCUACUCUCCCAAGCAGACAGAGAGGAGUGGGAACAGGAGGUACAGGUGGCACUGGGCAUGCGGAAAGUUCUGCAGAGUUUAGAACAUGCAUCAGAAAAGCUCCGACAAGCAGCUGGCCGGCUGCAGAACCAGGAGGAGGAGAUGUGGUUACAGAAGAAAAGGAAUCAGAGCCCACAGAUCUGGAACCGUCCCAGGAAGGUGGCUCAGCAACUCUCUGAUGAGUUUCAGGCAGUCGUGAGGGAGAGGCAGAGCUUCCUGGAUAGGGCCCUCGGUCAGUUGCAGUACCAACGGGAGCUGAGCCGCCUCCAGCUCUUGCACACCCAGAUUGUUGCCUCAGGAACCCCUGUGUGUUUGGAGAAUUACCCUGGAAACAGAUUUUAUGGGACAGUCACCACUUCUCUCAGGGAUCAGGCUGCUGCCUGCCCACUGUUAAUCCCAUUCCUGAAGAGCCUCACUGCAGCACCAGUGGGAGCUCAAGGCCAUGGCCCAGAAUUGCAGGACCGGGGGCCAGAAACAGAUGCAGAUAAAGUUGACAUCACAUGGACCUUACCACUCUUCUCCACUCUAAAGAAAGUAGAGACCUGGUCCCAAGACUAUAAGGAGAGAGCUGAACCGCAAGGACAAGUGCAUCACAAACCGGCCCCAAAAAGCUCUUUGCAGGAUGUCUCAAAAACUCAGAUACUACAGAAGGAAGAGCUGAUAACUGUGCAAUCCACAGACCUUUCCGCCAGGGAAUUUGUGGUUUACCAGUAUGGCCUCUCCAUCCUGCACCUCCUCAUCCCCCAGCUCCAUGCUCCAGAAAUCACCCUGCAGAUUGCUUCUCACCUUCCUGCUAUGGAAGCCUCAGACAAUGCCUUCCAAGGUUCCUUCUUCUAUCAGAGUGCUGAAAAUACACUGUUUAUUGGGAGAGAGUGUUUGGCAUCAGUGGGAAACUUCAUUCUGCUGUUGAUCCACUGCCUGGCCCACAUUGCUGCUGAGAACUUCCACCAGGACUCCAGUCCCGCCUUUCUGAGGUCAUUUUACAAGGGGUUGAAGGCCUACUUCAGGGAAGCAUUCUCUAUCACACUGCAAAUGUCAGCAGUUUCCCAGGACAGGAAGCUGGAUCAAAGCAUAAGUGCUAUUCUGCUGGAUGAGCAGCCCAUCUCUGAACGAGGAAGAGAUCUUCUCUCUAAACUCAUUGAAAGGAAGCAUGAGUCUCACUUGGAGCCAGAGUCAUCAGAAGAGUACAUUAAGAAAAACAAAGAUCUUCUCUUCUUCACCAAUAUGGAACAUUUCCUGAAAAGCAUCCUCACUGUAGAGCAACAAAUCCCAAGAAAACAAAGAGAUCAAUUUGGAGGUGAAGAUAAGCUCUAGAAAGAAAACGGUGAUCUCAUUAGAGCCUGCAUGAU